UAAAUCGUACUGACAACAAAACAAAUGAAAACUUGGUGGGCACGUCAUUCUUGUUAAAAAGUCCAAUAUUUCUUUUUAAAUAAAAGGGAGAAAUAAAUUAAAAAUAAUGAGUGCUUUAUUUAAUUUUCAAAGUCUAUUGUCUGUCAUUUUAUUGAUGAUUUGCACCUGUGCAUAUCUUCGAUCACUUUUUCCCAGCAUCAUUGACCGAAACAAGACUGGAUUAUUGGGCAUCUUCUGGAAGUUGGCGAGAAUAGGCGAAAGGAAAUCUCCCUACGUGGCUUUUGCUUGCGUUAUUAUGGCAGCCUCUUUGCUAUUUUGGACGUGAUGAAUAAGGGCAUGGAAUUUGUAUACAGAGAUUAAGGAUAAGAGUGUUUCUUGUGAUGUUCUGUUCCAAACAUUAUAAUGAAUUUUCUUUUGUUUGUAGAUUUGCUACCAAUUAACCGUGUAUAUAAAUACAAUAAUUUUUAAGAUA